CCGCAGUUACAAAUAGGUUACCAAUAUGCUAGCAAAAUAAACAUAACAAAAUACAGAAUGGAUCUUUUCCAGACUCAAACUUUCACCAACAUUAACGGCAGAAGUUAAGCGAUCAAAUUGAUCGUUUCCACGGACUAUUUGUCUUUUGACGAGUACAUUCAUAGACACAUUCUGACUCGACUGACUGACUUUUACUUUCUGACUGGUAUGCAUGACAAAUGAGCAACGUCCCUGCGAGUGUGAAGAUGUCUGCUUUGUUCUUGGCUGUCUGGGUUUUGUCUCCACGAUAAUGAUCCAACCCUCGGGCACUCAGCCGCAAUGGUGUCUGUCUGCUGGCAAGUCAGAACAAGAGCAAAGGCGCUGGAUGCAACUGAGUACUCCAGGAUUCGUAUAUAUUGACGUCUCGAACACUAUGCAAGUUUUGCGACGUACAAGCAACCAACUGCCCGGGUCAAGGAAGCUGCAAGGUGGAGUGUAACAUCACCUCCAUCUGCACCCAUGACGACGACGUGUGUGUGACUAUUUGGAGGAAGAAAGACGACAAUGUCACAUUUGACACCGUCUGCCACAACCCGGCUGAGAAGUUGUACGGCCUGGUCCUGGACGACUACAACAACAGCAAGUGUGAGAUGAAAGAAAGGAAAGGCAUGGGUUCGACCUUCUUCAUGUGCUCCUGUUCGGGGGAGGAGUGCAACGCACUGAUCAUUUUUAACACUUACAAGGAUUCCCAGGUUGCUGUCAUCAUAGUGAGCCUGGUUCCUCUUCUGGUCAUGGCCAUUUUGGUCAUUACUUCUUUCUACUGCUACCGAGUGUACCACCAGCGGCGAGCGAACGCAAAACGCAAGAAAGGUACCCCUCUGGACUUCAGCGACGCUCGCGGCAUCAUGGGGGACGACGAAGGUUCCGACAGCAGCUCAACGCACGCCAACAAUCUCAACCACAACACCGAUUUGUUGCCCAUUGAACUGGAUAUCCAGGUGGGGAAAGGUCGCUUUGCCGAAGUGUACAAGGCCAAACUCAAGCAGGGAUCCUCCGUCAGCGACGAGCAGGCUUUUGAGACCGUGGCGGUCAAAAUUUUCUCCUACGAGGAAUACGCCUCCUGGAAGAACGAGAAGGAAAUUUUCUCGGAUGCCGAUUUGAGGCACGAAAACGUGCUCCACUUCCUGACGGCCGAGGAGAGGAAGGUGCAGAGACAGUACUGGCUGAUCACGGCGUACCAACCGAGAGGCAACCUCCAAGAAUACUUGACCCACCGUAUUAUCAGCUGGCACGACUUGUGGUUACUGGGAGGAUCGCUUGCCAGUGGACUGGCUCAUCUUCACAGUCAUCACUUGCCGGGCGGCCGCUAUAAGGUGCCCAUUGCACACAGGGACAUUAAGAGCUCCAACAUACUGGUGAAGAGCGACCUGACCUGCUGCCUGUGUGACUUUGGCCUGGCGCUGCGGCUAGACAAUUCCCUGUCUGUGGAUGAGCUUGCAAACAGUGGACAGGUGGGAACAGCCAGGUACAUGGCACCGGAGGUCUUGGAGUCCAGGAUCAACCUGGAAAACAUUGAGUGCUUUAAACAGGCGGACGUGUACUCCAUGGCACUUGUACUGUGGGAGAUGAUUUCCAGGUGCAGCGCUAUUGGAGAGGUGAAAGAGUAUGAGCCUCCUUUUGGAAAUUUAAGGGAGCACCCAUGUGUAGAGAGCAUGAAGGACAGCGUGCUCCGAGACAGAGGAAGACCUGAGAUUCCCAACAGCUGGCUCAACCACACAGGCAUCCAGCUGGUUUGUUCCGCCAUCGACGAGUGCUGGGACCACGACCCGGAAGCCCGCCUGACAGCCCAGUGUAUGGUGGAACGCUUCGAAGACAUGGAGUAUUUGGACAAGCUGUCCGACUGCUCCGACUCGGAAGAGAAGAUCCCCGAAGAAAUCAUCGUGGUGGAUGAGAAGUAGAACUCAAAACACACCGCCCCCCUCUCGGGUGACACAAAAGCAAACUGGAAGAACUCCAAAGACAGAUGGACUUUUUGCACUCUUCUCAUCUCAUAUACAAACAAACAAACAAACAAACAAACAAACAAACAAACAGGGAUAUCACAAAUAUAAAGCUUUUAACCAAAUACUUUAUCUAUGCACACUAAAUGAGCAGUGCCUCUAAUGUUUCAGGCAUACAAAUGAAAAGGAAUGUGUAUUUAGAUUGCUAACGACACUAAUGUCCCAUGUGUAUGUUUCAUGGUGCAACGUAGCAGUGAUGCAUGUUUAAAGAACCCAUAGCAAUCAUUUGUGUUAAAAGCCACUUUGAAACCAAAAAAACAAAACAAAUCAGCCUCAAAGAUUAAAAACUGUCUGCGCGUGUGUUUGUGUGCGUGUGCGCAUGUGUGUGUGUGUGUGUGUGUGUCAUCUACAGUAAAUGAGGAAGUCUGUUUAAUCAUUAGCAGACAUUAAAAGGGAAUAAGGUAUGUAGUCUGUAAAAAUCAAACCUAAAUGUUUCAGCCUGCUGCGUGUAAAAAGAUGUAUUAUUUUUUUGUUUUGUUUUGUUUCUUCUUUUUUGACAGAAACAGGGAGUUUACGUCCCAUGGUUAGAAAGAAAAAUCCAUACCAAAGUCAUUUGUUUUGUACAGUAUUCAAAUAUAAUUACCAUAGGAGAUAUUAAGUGAUGUUAUUGAGGUUUUCAUGGGUUUGUCAGCUGGUUUGAGCAAGCCAGUGAAGUGAAAGAUGGACUGUAGUCUAUAUAUUACGCAAGCAAUGACAAAAGUAUGUUGCUAUUCUUUUUUAAUUUCAUAUCAGUACAGACUUCAACUCGAAACCUAUAUGCACAAUCUUGGAAAAUGUGCGUCCUCUGUUAUUUCACUUGUUUUAUUUUUCCCCAUCUUUGGUCAAAUUUCCCAGGAAUUGUCCUUGUUUACACUUUGAAUGACAAACUUAGUGUACAGCGGCUUUGUUGCUCUUUUUCUUCUCUUGUCGUCCUGCCUCCGUUAGACAUUAGCAGGAUCUAAGCCAAAGAAUCUCGCAUCACAGUUGGUCAUUUUCAUCUCUGUAUCGUUAUGAUAUUCCGGAUUAAACCUUUUAAUCUGUC